AUGAGCGAACAGUCGUCGACGCCAGAGAAAGGCGGCAAGCCCCCCGUGACGGGAGACUACGACCUCUCGACGCCUAUCGACUCCAGCGUCGGUUUGCGGCAGGGUCUGACCUCGUACGGAGACAAUCACUUCAGUCUCUUCCUUCGGAAAGUGUUUAUCAAGGCCCUCGGCUACAGCGAAGAUGCACUCUCAAGACCCAUCAUUGGCAUCGUCAACACCUAUUCAAGCUUCAACCCGUGCCAUGCCAACGUCCCGCAGUUGAUUGAGGCCGUGAAGCGCGGAGUGCAGCUGAACGGCGGCUUGGCCAUAGAUUUCCCAACCAUCAGUAUUCACGAGAGCUUCUCAUCGCCAACAAGCAUGUACCUCCGCAAUCUGAUGAGUAUGGACACGGAGGAGAUGAUCAAGGCGCAACCGUGUGAUGCGGUAGUGCUUAUUGGAGGGUGCGAUAAGACAACCCCGGCUCAACUGAUGGGCGGAAUAUCUGCCAACAAGCCCAUCUUGCAUCUUGUAACGGGCCCUAUGAUGCCGGGAAGUCACAAGGGUGUGCGGAUUGGCGCUUGCACCGACUGCCGCAACAAUUGGGCUGCUUUCAGGGCCGGCAAGAUUGAUAUUGAGGAGAUCUCGGCCAUCAAUGAUGAGCUUGCACCCACGGGUGGUACUUGUGGUGUUAUGGGCACCGCGUCGACUAUGGCGUGCAUCCUAGUUGGUCUUGGAAUGAUGCCGUUUAAGGGUGCCACCGCACCGGCCGUCUCGUCCACCAGAUUACGAAUCGCCGAGCAAACCGGUAGCCUUGCCGUUGCUCUCCACAAGAAGAAUCUAAAACCGCAAGAUCUGCUCACCCGCGAAUCUUUCCUCAACGCAAUCACAGUUCUGCAAGCCAUUGGCGGCUCGACCAACGCCGUCGUCCACAUGAUGGCCAUCAUCGGGCGCCAUCCCGCCGUUGCGGGAACCAUCACGCUCGACACAUUCGAUGAAAUUGGGAGAAAAACGCCUCUCCUGGUGGAUCUGAAACCCAGCGGACAGAAUUACAUGGAUGACUUUCACAACUCGGGCGGUAUGCUGGCGCUUUUGCACGAGCUGAAGCCCCUGCUGCAUCUCAAUGCAAUGACGGUGACCGGAAAGACGCUGGGAGAGGAGCUUGACAGCACGCCUUUCACUCCUAUCCCCCGAGAUAGUUUGGUCAACUGUCUGCAACCUUUCAACGACCCUUUAUACCCGGCCUCAGCUUUGGCUGUUCUCCGUGGCAACAUCGCCCCUGGCGGUGCUGUGAUGAAGCAGAGUGCUUCCAAGGACCGUCGGCUUCUCAAGCAUUCUGGCCCAGCGGUUGUGUUUGCAGGCUCGGCAGAUAUGGCUCUCCGUAUCGAUGACCCGGAUCUGGAGGUCACCCCUGAUAGUGUUCUGGUCCUCCAGAACAUCGGACCUGUCGGCAACCCAGGUAUGCCUGAAGCCGGUCUUAUACCCAUCCCCCGAAAGCUUGCCUCGCAGGGAGUGCAAGACAUGCUUCGGCUGUCCGACGGCAGAAUGAGUGGCACGGCAGGCGGUACCAUCGUUCUUCAUAUCUCCCCCGAGGCAGCCGAUCCCGAGUCGGUCUUGGGCAUCGUCAGAAGUGGUGACAUUAUCACUUGCGACGUCGAGCAGCGCAUCAUCAAGGUCGAAAUAUCUGAUGAAGAAAUUCAGAAGAGAAUAGCUGAAAAGAAAGAAUCGUUGGCCAAAGAGGAGAGUAACGGAAGCAGUACCGCGCCUUGGGUGGCAAAGAAGAGAAUUCGCGGCUACCGAGGACUCUACUUACGCUCAGUCUUGCAGGCUGAAGGGGGUGCUGACUUUGAUUUCCUCACAGCAGAUGGACCUUCUUAA